AAAUAUCUAUCUGCUUUUACUGAACCAUGUCGCUGAGCCCAAAGCACACGACACCUUUCUCAGUGACAGAUAUUUUGAGCCCAAUUGAGGAGACUUACAAGAAGUUUAGUGGCAUGGAGAGCACUGGAAACCUCACAUCUCCAUUGGGAGCUUACCGGCAACCUCAGGUGUCCCAGACUGGCAUGCAGCAACACUCUAUGGGCCACAACGCCACCACCUACCAUAUGCCACACUCCGUCUCCCAGUUCUCGCACAGUGCAAUGGGGGGCUACUGCAAUGGCAGCAUUGCCAACAUGGGGGACCUACCCUCUUACCAAGAAACUAUGAGAAACAGCGCAGCAGCAACAGGGUGGUACGGCGCCAAUCCUGACCCUAGAUACUCAACAAUUUCUAGAUUCAUGGGACCUUCCACAGGUAUGAACAUGGCAGGAAUGGGCACGCUGACAGGCAUGGCCGACACCACCAAAUCCAUCCCACCUUUCCACGCAGCGCCAAGGAGGAAACGACGGGUGCUCUUCUCUCAAGCACAAGUCUACGAGCUGGAAAGGAGAUUUAAGCAACAGAAAUACCUCUCAGCGCCCGAGAGGGAACACCUGGCUAGUAUGAUACAUCUAACCCCGACGCAGGUCAAGAUCUGGUUUCAGAAUCAUCGCUACAAGAUGAAACGGCAGGCCAAGGACAAAGCAGCGCAGCAGCUUCAACAGGAGGGCAACCUGUGUCAACAGCAGCAGUCGCCAAGGAGAGUGGCUGUCCCUGUCUUAGUGAAGGAUGGCAAGCCUUGUCAAAACGGUUCCAACACACCGACGCCACACCAACAGCAGAUGCAGCAGCAACAGAACGGUUCCGGGGUCGUGCUUCCGACCUCCAGUAACUCUAUGAACCAACACCAAACCCAGCAGGUCAACGCACUGGUCCAGGCCCAAGACCUGGAGGAAAUGUCCCCUAGUCCCCCGUCACUCCACUCGCAGAUGAACAACAUGGGCCAGAUAGACACUACUGUAGAUUACACAAAUAACAUGGUCACGUCAAAUCUGCUUUAUGGCAGAACGUGGUAGGACCGGGCAUAUUUUCUUUCCUCCGUUUUUCCUCAAACUUUAGCGUCCUCUGAAUUAAGAAC